GAAGCGAGAUGUGGCACGUCGAUCGACAUAGACGACUUCAUAAUUGCACUGCCCGUGAAAGAGAUGAACGACCUCUACGUGGCGAUUUGUCGCGGUGAAGAUGAUCGUGCGCACAACUUUAUCUGGAUGAUGCGUUGGCUGGAGACGUGCAUGGAGCUGUCUGAGGUAAGCCAAAAUGUUGUAUCGUGGCUGCAAGACGAACAUAUCGAGCGCUUUAUCGCGAUGGAGGCGGACCCUUCCACGCCACACGACACCCUCAUGAACCAUUAUAAGGAAGGCCUUGACUUGCAGAAACGCUACAACGUAGUUGCCGAUCUAGCCACAGCGAUGGACAGAGUCGAUAUACAGGCGGACCAACUCAAGGACCAAGCUCGCUGGACAUGCUCUUGCGAGAAGUGCGCAUACUACCGCUCGCCCCAAUGGCUUCAAGAGCAACCUCUCGGCUUGGCACCACAAGCUCUAAGGCCGCGCUGGUUUUGGCCUCCCCGCUAUCAUGGGUGA